AUGUCUGAGAACUUUUGGGUAGAUUCCAUCAGGAUCAAGAGGUUGUAUCAAGAAUAUGAAGUCUUGGAAAUCUUACAUUCCGCUAUCACCUGCAUAUGUUGUUUGUCUUCCAACUUAUUCAAUACUCAAGAGCAUACUCUGAAUAUAUACCUUGGCAGCAAGAUCACAGCCAAUGGAGAUUCCACCUUGGAUGUUGAAAAUAGAAUUGCAAAAGCCCGUACCACCUUUGCCAACUUGCGGAACAUCUGGAAAUCUUCAACUAUCAGAACCAAAACAAAAAUAAAGAUAUUUAAAACAAAUGUCAUUGGAGUCCUCCUAUAUGGAUCUGAGUCCUGGAAGGUGACAAACAACAUCACUCAAAAACUAGACACAUUCCAAACAAGAUGUCUCCGUAGAAUACUAAAGAUAUUCUGGCCAAACAAGAUCAGUAAUGAGGAGCUGUAUGAAAGAACACAAACAGCUGCCAUAUCUGACCAGAUCAAAGAGAAACGAUGGAAAUGGAUUGGCCAUGUCUUGAGAAUGGAAACAUCAGAUAUACCGAGGGUAGCCUUAAGAUGGACUCCAUCAGGGAAACGAAACAGAGGGCGACCAAGGGAGACAUGGCGGCGGUCAGUAGAAAAAGAAAUGAAAGAACAGGGAUGGACUUGGGGCAAGGUACAGCAGAUGUCAGCGGACAGACAGAGAUGGUGGUCCUCGGUGCAGGCCUUAUGUGCUCAAAGCACGAAGAGGACUAAGUAA